AUGAAUAAUGUUUGUUUCAGUUUAAUGCUUCGUUUCGUCGACAAUACCUUCGAUCCAGAAAUAGCUGCAACAAUUGGUGUUGAUUUUCGUGUUACAUCAAUGACAGUUGAUGGAAAUCGUGUAAAACUUGCAAUUUGGGAUACGGCUGGUCAGGAGCGUUUCAGAACCUUAACACCAAGCUAUUAUAGAGGAGCACAGGGGGUUAUUUGUGUAUACGAUGUAACAAGUAGGUCAUCGUUCGAACGAUUGGAUCACUGGAUGAAUGAACUGGAUACGUAUUCAACCAAAAAUAAUGUUAUCAAAAUGCUUGUGGCGAACAAAAUUGAUAAGACGAACCGUGUGGUAACGCGUGAAGAAGGUCUUGAAUUCGCGAAACGACAUCGAAUGCUUUUUAUCGAAGCAAGUGCAAAGACGCGUGAAGGUGUGCAGUGUGCUUUUGAAGAACUCAUUGAAAAGAUAAUUCAAACGCCAGGCUUAUGGGAAAGCGAUAGGUCAGGCUUUGCGUUGGGUAAUGCGACCAACGAUAAUGCGGCCUGGGGAAACUGUGGUUGUUGA